AUGUCGCAUAGAAAAUUUUCGGCGCCUCGCCAUGGUUCCAUGGGAUUCUAUCCCAAGAAAAGGUCCCGUCGUCAUCGUGGUAAAGUUAAGGCGUUCCCUAAAGAUGAUCCCAGUAAACCUGUACACCUCACGGCGUUUAUUGGAUACAAGGCUGGUAUGACCCACGUGGUUCGUGAGCCUGACCGCCCUGGAUCAAAAAUUAAUAAGAAGGAAAUUGUUGAGGCUGUUACGAUCAUUGAGACACCUCCAAUGGUAUGUGUUGGUGUUGUUGGCUACAUUGAAACUCCACAUGGUCUUCGUGCACUAUUGACAGUCUGGGCGGAACACAUGUCUGAAGACUGUAGACGUCGCUUCUACAAGAACUGGUACAAGUGCAAGAAGAAGGCCUUCACCAAGGCUAGCAAGAAAUGGCAAGAUGAGCUUGGGCGGAAAUCAAUUGAGAAGGAUUUCAAGAAAAUGAUUCGUUACUGUAGUGUGAUCAGGGUUAUUGCUCAUACUCAAAUGAAGCUAUUGAAGCAACGUCAGAAGAAGGCUCAUAUUAUGGAGAUCCAAGUCAAUGGUGGAACUGUUGAAGAUAAAGUCAAGUGGGCAAGAGAACAUCUGGAGAAACCUAUCCCUAUUGAUUCGGUGUUUGCCCAAGAUGAGAUGAUUGACUGCAUUGGUGUGACAAAGGGGAAAGGUUACAAAGGUGUGACUUCCCGUUGGCAUACCAAAAAGCUUCCUCGCAAGACACAUAAAGGUCUACGUAAAGUAGCCUGUAUUGGAGCUUGGCAUCCUUCAAGAGUUUCAUUCACUGUUGCUAGGGCUGGUCAGAAGGGCUACCAUCACCGAACUGAAAUGAACAAGAAGAUUUACCGUAUUGGACAAGGAAUCCACACUAAGGAUGGAAAAGUUAUUAAAAACAAUGCAUCUACCGAAUAUGACUUGUCUGAGAAGUCCAUCACACCAAUGGGUGGGUUCCCUCACUAUGGAGAGGUCAAUAAUGACUUUGUAAUGAUCAAAGGUUGCUGUAUGGGUCCCAAGAAACGAGUUAUAACUUUGAGGAAAUCCCUACGAGUACACACAAAGAGAGCUGCUCUGGAGAAGAUCAACCUCAAGUUUAUUGACACGUCGUCUAAAUUCGGACAUGGUCGCUUCCAGACCCCAGCUGAUAAGGCUGCAUUUAUGGGCACACUUAAGAAGGAUCGUAUUAGAGAAGAAGCUGCUGCUACUGCUACUCCAGCAGCGGCGCAAUCUUAA